AUGCCUUCUAAUGACGAUGGAACUCCGAUGUCAUUAAAGCAACUUAUUACUGAAUUUAACACGCGUUUACAAAAUGAGUUAAAAGAAAAGGAGCAAACUCUACUUCAACAGAUUAAUGAUUCUCUGCAACUUGGUUUAAAAACGGAGGAGUUAACGAGACUAGCCCAAGAAGUAACUGAUCUAAAAGCAGCCCUUAACGAGAAAGACAAGGCUUUCAAAAGAGAUUUAAUUGCCUUUAUAAAAAUGGAACUUGGGGGUUUAGAAACUUUAUUUCCAAAUUCGGUAGACUCUCAUAUUAGGCAAAAAAUAUUGAAGGCUGCUGAUUAUCAACAACUAUUUACGGUUAAACAAGAAUUUUUGGCCAAUAGUUUAAAACAAUUAACGGCUCAAACUCCGGCAACUUCUAGCCCAAGAUUAAGUUCAACUGAAAAAAACUGA